AUGAACAGGUUCCUGUUUUUGCUUCUCGCAUCCUGCGUUCUUGGUACUUCAGGAUACCGGUGUACCAAUGGAACCCAAGUCAUUAAUCCACCAACAGAUCUCUCCACACCAACAUUCUUCCCAUUCUAUUGGAAUGGCGUAGACCCUGUUCCUUACAUUGAGCACGAGGGUCCAGGAUGUUUUCUCAAUGUGAAUGUUCCAUCUGGAUACUAUGCAAAUGUUACUAUGUUCAUGCGUUUGGACAGUUCUGGAAAUUAUGUUUAUUAUCCGAACAGAAAGAUUGUCACGCUUCAAAACGACGAUCAUCACCCAUUUAUUUUCACAAAUCCAUACUUCAAAGUUAGUGUUUCCGCCGCAAAUCACACUGGACCAGGAACCAGCGAAUUCGCCUUUAAAAUCAUCUGGACCAAAUUUCCAGAUGUUAAAAAGAAUGUGAUUGGCAUUUACAAGGGACAGCCACCAGUUGCAGUAAUACCAAAUGGUGAACUGACAACAUUCCGUGGUGAUCCUUCCUCGAUGAUGUCGUUGAUUGGAUUCUCUUUGGAAGAUCCAUCAAUGAAUCAUCUUCUCCGUCAAACUGCUCUUUUCGGCGGAGAUUCAUUCAAUUCCGAUUAUAUUGGAACACUGGAUCAAGUUGUUAAAUCGAAAGUUUACAACACUUACGAAGGAAUCAACAUUCCUUCCUCUGGAAAUCAUAACGUCUACAUGAACGGGGUCUUUGGAAAUCAUUUAACUGUAACUGAUUACAAUGGACCAGAGAUUAUCAAGGAGUUUAUCACUUUCCCAUCUACUGGAACCAUCAGUAUUUAUGAGAAUUCCAUCUCCAACACAACAUGCAUUGCCACUCUGACAAGUUCCAACUAUCAGCAACAACUUCCACUGGAAGUGAAAGGAAAUAUGAAAUUCUACUCGUUAAUUGGAAAUGGAUUCUACGAAAUGGUCCUCACACGAGAUGUGUCCAGAGCAGGAAGACUUUGA